GCUUCCCCACCAAACCUCACCACUACAUACCAUCACAACUCUCCGCCCGCCGUUUUACUCCUUACCAACACAUACGCACACACACAUACACACACACACACACACACACACCGCAAUGUCUCGCCACAAGUUUGUCCGCAACAUGGAUCUUGGCGCGGAACUCGACGACGACUAUGACUAUGACGACGGAGAAGACGACGGCAUGACCGAGGAGGAGAAACAGCAGAUGAUUACGGCGCUUAGGGCGGUGCGAGAGCUGCUCGGCGGCGAGGAGUCGAAAGCCGUCGUGUCGGACAAGGAUAUCGAAGAGUCGCUGUGGUAUUACUAUUUCGAUAUCGCAAAAACGGUGGAUUACGUCUUGAAUACACAUAUGAAUGCCGGAGCGAAGAAGAAGAAGGGGAAGAAGAAAGGUCUAGGGUUCGCGUUCGGGUCUUCUCCGGAACGGUGGUCGUCAGCUACGGAACAGGGGCUUUUCGUGGAUUGUCCGUGGGGCAGGGUGCCGCGGGAUCGGAUGGGAGAGCUGGUGGGGGUGCCGAUGGAGGGGGCUACCAGCGGUCUGCUGGGCGGCUCGGGGAAAAGCUCGAAACUGGCGGAGUUGGCGAGGAAAAGGAAGGAGAAGGCUGCGGCGACCGCGGCAGCCGCGAGUGGUGCCGCGGAGAUGAAGACUUCCGUGGCUAUUCUGUCGCGGUUGAAUCAGAAGGCGGAGGCUACGGGUGGAGAUACACCGCCGUUGCCAUUGCCAUCACCACCGCAACAAGAAGCAGUGCCGGCCCCUGCUCCACCGACGCUGACGCCGACGCCAUCGGAAGAGAAGACCGCCACCGUCGACCUUGACCAGCCGAAGGCGAAGGAGAAGACACGGGAUGCAUUUGAACCCACUCCCAUAUCCGUGCCCGAAGGCUUUACCCAGCAAAAGCCACUGGGAGCAUCACCUUCUAGCUUUGCGAAAUCUAUCUUUGGGGAGAGGAUUACUUUGCGGCAUGAGAUGGGUUUUGCUGACGGGUGUUUGUUCUUCGUGUCAGGAAACAAAGAAACAUCGGGAAAGCCGGAUCCGUUUGCGGGGCCGAGUCCGGAUGAUGUUGUCGUGGCUGCACAGAGCUCUAGUAAAGGGUUGAAUAAAGGCAAGCCCGCUGCCAGGGAGACGGCGGCAAAGGUUGGGGAAGACCUAAAGGCGCUGACCAUCGAUCAUACGCCGGUAAAGAAGGUCGAGAAGAUUGAUGUCCUGAAGGUACAUCGCGAGUCGAAUGCUAAGGAGAAUGUCAAUUUUGUUGUCGUGGGGCAUGUCGAUGCUGGGAAGAGUACAUUGAUGGGGCGAAUGCUAUACGAUUCCGGCGCGGUCGACGAGCGGUCCAUGAGGAAAUUCCGACAAGAGAGUGAGCAGAUUGGCAAGGGGUCGUUUGCACUGGCUUGGGUUAUGGAUCAGACGGAGGAGGAACGGACACGGGGCAUUACGAUAGACAUCGCAACAAACCACUUCGAGACCGACAAGGCGGCGUUUACUAUCCUGGAUGCGCCAGGACAUCGUGACUUCAUUCCCAACAUGAUUGCUGGGGCGUCGCAGGCGGACUUUGCGGUGCUCGUUAUCGAUGCGUCUACUGGUGCUUUCGAGGCGGGCUUCCAUCGGCAGGGCCAGACGAAGGAACAUACCCUGUUGGUUAGGAGUAUUGGCGUGCAGAGGGUGGUGGUUGCGGUGAACAAGCUGGAUACUGUUGACUGGUCGGAAGCGAGAUUCGAGGAGAUCGUCCAGCAGAUGCAGCAGUUCCUUACAAAUGCUGGUUUCAACAUGAAGAACGUCACUUUUGUCCCACUCAGUGGUCUCACAGGUGCCAACGUGGUAAAGAAGCCUGCCAAAGGCCUCAUCCCGUGGUAUAAAGGGCAGACACUACUGGAAAUUCUCGAAACAUCAAACACCCAGAGCCGAGCAGUUGAGAAACCGCUGCGUCUAGUAAUUUCGGACGUCUUCCGGGGCGGCGUGCAAAAUCCCGUAUCGAUAUCAGGGCGCAUAGACGCGGGAUAUCUCCAGGAGGGAGAUGUGCUAGUCAGCAUACCGAGCAAGGAGCAGGCCACAGUCAAGGGUAUCACCAUCAAUGAGGAACCGAAGAAGUGGGCUGUGGCAGGUCACAAUGUCGUCAUUCACCUUUCCGGGAUAGAUCCCAUCCAUCUCCGCGUCGGCGACGUCAUUUGCAGCCCCUCCUCCCCCCUACAACCACUCAGCACCUUCACCGUGAAGCUCCUCGCCUUCGAGGGUCUCACGCCCAUGGCAGUGGACGUCCACAAGGGACGACUCCACGCAGCCGGCAAGAUCUCCGCCAUGAUUGGGACGCUGGAUAAAGCCAAUGGACAAGUGGUCAAGAAGAAGCCGAGACAUGUGCCACCCGGAGCGCUGGCCAGGGUACAAGUGCAGCUUGUCGUUGGUGGUGAAACAAUACCAGUCGAGAAGGGGAAUCGCGUGGUGCUCAGGAGUAAUGGUGUUAGUGUUGCGGCCGGGAUUGUUGAGUGAUAGCGGAGAAGGGACGGUGAAUGGUAUAUAGGAUUCAUAUACUGAAGUACCGCUUCUAGAGUACCUAUGGUCAUUGGUGCCUGCGGUCAUGAAAGGCUAUCUUUUUUGCGGUUCUAUGUAAUUUCAAGCUAGCUAGCGGCCGGCAGCAGAUAUGAAAUCCAUGGAGUGAAAAAGGCACGGGUCAUGUACCUUCUUGUAGAUCUAGUUUCCUAGUCCGAUAUUGGUGUGAAGUUCUUUUACGAGAAGAAACACUGGG